AGGAAGGAACAGAGGUGCUAACUAGCAAGGAGCCAGACGUUUGGGAAGGUUAGAGGACACGCUCGUGGCUGUGGGAGACUUUGCUCCAGCCCGUGCUCACUCUGCGGUGUCUCUUUUUGGUCCUUUGACAACGGUUGUCAUGGACAUCGACACGCCGCGCCCUGGGGAAGGGAACGGGGCCUCCGCAUCGGCAUCGUUCGCAACGACAUCCGGGCCGAAGAUGCCUCCAACUGCGGAGAUACGCAGGGCUCUGCUGGGCGCAGUGGAGGAGCUGUCCAACCAUGGCCUCAAGCUCGCCACGAAAUGGGCUACUGAGCAGCUGGUCGGUCUGCCAGACGAUGAGACGCCCGACGACUUGCGGUACGCGGCGGAACCAGACCCAGCCACCCCUCAGAAGCGGGAGGGGGGGGCGAAUCUGUGGCUUCAGGGCCGCGUAGCGUUUGCAAAGUCCCUGAUGGAUGUCGGGGAAUUCGAGAGGGCGUCGCAGGCUUUCGGAAACAAGAGCUGGCCUGCUGCAGCGGCGGCAGGCUCCGUUCCGGGCGGCCUCUACUCCCGAGCCCAGUUCCUCGGGUGGUACUCCCUCUUCCUUGCGGGUGAAAGACGGCGCGAGGAGGAGUCGCAACUGACCGACGCUCUUCAGCGACGAAGACUGGUCAACCCGCACCUCAAGACGCUCCACGCAGAGCUGUCGCAGUGCGAUGAGGAUGGGACUCUCGAUGCCUUCGGCCUAUACAUAUACGCCGCCGUCCUCAAGGCCCUGCGAGAGGAAGGGCGUGGGGGUGCAGGGGGCACGGGAGGAAAUACCCCAACCCCUAAAACGCCUCACUCAAGCGGUGGUGGCGUUGGUGCAAAUUCUCUUGGUGGGAGUGGCGGGGGAGCUUUCGUGACGCCGAGAGCACGAGCUCCAUCGGGCGACAGGGGUGACUCGACCGGAGGGGGGGGAGGAACGACGUCAACCGAGAAGACCGCGGUCACGACUGCGACAGCCCAGGAGGUGUUGGCUCGGUCUUUGCGGCUGUUCCCAUACAAUUGGUCCGCUUGGCUGGACCUUGCCUCCCUGUGUCUCGAGACCGACACGGUACCCGAGCGGCUAGAGGCGGAUCCGCCUUGCCAAUGGAUGUAUCAGUUCUUUCUGCAACACCUUCUGGUUGAGCAACACCGCUCAAAGGAUGCGCUCGCCAUCCUCGACGACUUGGAGCCGUCUUUCCCUUGCAGCUCCUACGUCCUGUCGCAGACGGCGGUCGCCCACUACCACCUGAGGAAUUUCGACCAGGGGCACGAUGACUUCAAGGAGCUUAGAAGGCGGGAUCCCCUGCGGAUGGAGGGACUCGACGUGUUUUCCAAUAUCCUGUACGUGAAAGAGUGCAAGGCAGAGCUGUCCUUCCUCGCCCACACCACCAACAAAAGCGCGCCGCUACGUCCAGAGACGAACUGCAUCAUCGGGAACUACUACAGUCUCAAGGGGCAACACGAGAAAGCAGUGACGUAUUUCCUCAAGGCUCUGCGACUGGACCGACGAUGCCUUUCGGCCUGGACGCUUAUGGGGCACGAGUUCAUAGAGCUCAAAAACUCUGGAGCUGCCAUCGAGUCCUACCGUCAGGCCGUAGACAUCAACCCAAAGGACUACCGGGCAUGGUACGGCCUAGGGCAGGCGUACGAGAUCCUCCAGAUGCACCUCUACGCUAUCUACUACUACCGACGGGCUACGGCACUCAGGCCAUAUGACGCCCGAAUGUGGAUCGCGAUGGGGCAGUGCCUCGAGAGGCUCGGCAAGCGCGCCGAAGCCAUCAGCACCUACGAACGGGCGAUGGCUAACGAUGAUCGAGAGGGUAUCGCCCUCGCACAGCUCGCCAAGCUGUACGACGCUGCGGGCCGGAAGGGCUCGGCCGCCAAGUGCUACGAGACCAUGCUGGCCACCAGAUCGGCAGAUGGCGACAACUCGUCUGCAGAAGAAGGGAUGCAUUUCCUGUGUCUCUACUACAAGAACAGGGGCGACUACACCAGGGCAUCCAAGAUGGCGAACGGUCUCCUGGACCACACGGGAACGUCGCGUGAGGCAGCGCUGGCGGUUCUGAGAGAAAUCCGAAGCAUAAUGGAAACCCGACAACACCAAGCCGCCGAGUCUUCUGCCCUACCUCAGCCCCACAACGCCAACAACAGCCACAACGACGUCUCCCUUGACGGGGGCAGCGGACGGCCGCUAUUCACGCCGAGGGCGGCGACAGGGGCAUCUCACCACGACGGUAGCGGAGCGGGCGGCAGUCAGCUGUUCAUCGCCAACAACAGCGGCGUUGGUGGUAGCGUUCGUGGUGCAAUAAGAGCAGCAGGGGGCACUUUCCCCACCCCGACCCCUCGUAGACCCGGCAGGGUCUGCAGCGGGGUAUCACCCGGAACAGGUGGAGGCGGCGGGGGAGCUGCGGGAGGUGGGGCGGGAUCAGGGACUCCAGGCUAUCGACUGAUGGGCAACAGCGGAGGGGGAACUUCUUUGGCGCCACGGUCCCCGGAAGACAUGAGUGUCGCGAUGAGCCUUGGGUCUUCAGACGAAGACGACGACGGAGGGGCGUUGGCCCGAUAUUCACCGGGCAUAGCGACGCCGGUAGCGACGGGCCAUGGUGGUGCGGGUGCCGGGCAUGAUGGGUCGCCUGAGGCGGGCGGAGACGGGCAGGGCGAGGAGUCCUUGAGCGAUAUCCUGUCCCCAUGACAGCGUCCGGACCUCGAUCGUUUCUGAUGUUUCUAAUGGAUCGACCCGUAGCGCUGGGUUUCGCUUUCGGUGACUAAUAGUGUGUUGGCCCGUCCGGGGACCAAGUCAAAUGCCUCUUUCCCCUCCCUGAUGCCUUCGCUCGUGCGGCCAAUUUUUUUUUCGGGUCGGGAAAGUGCAUGGUACACCGAAGGGAGAGAAGAACGUACAGGAGACGAGAAGCCGUUCGAGCUUAUUGGCUUGAUUCUUUGUUUACCUAUUGAUGUAGAAGUAGGUGCCGAAAUGGCGAUGAAAACGAUCGAGAACGGCAGCUUUUCAGCCAACGAUGGACAUGAAUGUGCUCUUGAGAGUGUCUGUCGAUGAUGGUUGGUUCGAGUGCAGUGUUGUGAUGAAGCCUUUGCGCCGAGGAAGGCCAAGCCCAAAGAGUCCAUCGUUCUGAAGAACCGUGGCCACAGGAGGAGCAACCGGGGCCUCCUC